AUGUCCACCUCUGGGGGCUCGGCCGCUGCUGUGCGGGCGAAGCCUAGCAAAGGGGCCCCGCGCAACUCUUCCAUGGACUCUGCCAUCUCAGCCAUCUCGACAAAGUCGCAGUCCCAAAAGGGCGCUACUGGGAGCCAGUCUGACCCCACAGACAUUGCAGCGCUUAUCAAAACUGCGGGCAGUCCGGAGGCGGUAAUUCAGUACCUUUUGAAAGAAAAGCAGUCCCAGUCACAACAAAACGCACAACUAUGGCGCCUCGUCGACAAGCAGAGAGCCAUGAUCCUAGGUCUCAAUAAGGAUCUGGAGCGAGCGUUGAAAGACAAGGAGAAGUACAGAAAGAAGUUGAAGGAAGUCAUGUCAACAUCGGAACACACAGGGCCAGGCGAAUCCAAAACCGCCAGCAAAGUUCUCAAAAUGCCCAUGGGCAAAGGCAUCCCGGCAAUCGAUGUCAGCGCCCCCAAGGAGCGACCGGUCACGGCACCGGAUUCUCCUACCUUGGACUCUGACAGCCAGAAGCACUCGCCCGUGGACAUGGCUAUGGCGCCCUACCCGAUCACACCCCCGGCAGACCAGCCGAACGGGCCCCCGUCAGCCGUGGGUGCAUUGUUGGACCCAUCGCACGAGAUGCCCAAAGCACAUGAGCAUGCCUACGAUCGAUUUAACCACGAUGCAGAGGAACGCGCCGCGGACAUGGCUCGGAGGGAGCUCGAAGCCGAAGACCUGGCGGAUAUUCCGAUUAACCUGGGUCUCCCACCAUCCCGAAGCCCGCCAAGCCAACCUCCAAGCAUGCCUCCGCCAAAGCCACCGCUGGCCUCUGAGGCUGUAACUAAAUCGGAUGAAGGCCUCUCACAGUUCCCGGUGCCCCCGCCGCGCAAACCCCCACCAGCACCUUUACAGCUCCAGGAUCAGACUCAGCCCGGCCGCGACGACGAAGACAGCGAAUCCGACUUCGAUGACCUUUUGGAAGUGAACGAAGUCUUGACCGAGCGACGCGGCCGACGUAGGACGCGCGAGGAGGAUGACCAUGACAGAGAAAUCUUGGCUUUGAAGGAGGCCGAAAGGAGGAGCUUGUCGAAGAAGAGCCAAACCGGCACGUCGACACAUGCGAACCUGGAUGCCCCUACUGAAUUGCCUCCAAGCCCCGUGAAGCAGAUGCAGGGUAAAAAUGUUCCCGCGUCACUGGGCGAGGCUUUGAGCGUCAGCAACCUCGAGGCCCCGCUCCUUAGCCCUGGCUUGCCCUCCAGCCCCCGUCCACCAGGGCUUAUGUCGACAGACAGCCCGGCAGCCAGUAUCUCAUCGUUCCCUGCGGCGUCCUUGUCGCCCCGGCCACCACGUCAGCCGAUUCCUCUUCCUCCGGGCCACUCUCUACAAACCUCAGCGGAGGCCACGGAGCCCAAGGUUCCCCAACCCCUGGUUCUUGUCAAGCAGGGAUGGGACUCGGCCAGCGAUAAGAGCCGUGGAAGCCCGACCGAACGCGGCCGCAUCUUCAAGGGAUUCGUCACCGAAGAAUACCCUGACCUACUCCUUCCGCCCAACGUUCUGCCUACAAUCAUAGUCAAGGUUGCUUCCUCACGCAUGAAGCCGUCACGAGCAAGUUUGAUGUCUUUGACACAGCUGGAAGAAGAUCCCGUCUUUACUCUUGCCGUAUUCUCGCGAUCCGAGCCUGGUGAGCUUUGGCGCGUAGAGAAGGACUCGGCGUCCCUCGCCAAACUGGACCAGAGAUUGAAACAAUGCUUAGCGUUUACUGCAAAGACACCUGAGAGGUCGCUGUUUAACGGUCACGCGCCCGCCAAGCUUGACGCUCGGCGGAUCGCUCUGGACCAUUACUUGGAAGAGCUUUUGGACACGCCGCUAGAUACCGCGAGCGCUCUCGAGCUUUGCAGGUACCUGUCAACUCAUACCCUCCCUCCCAACCCCGAUGACGCUGGUUCCAUGGAGAGCAUGGUCGAAGCCAAGGCCAAUUCGGGACCGGGCGGCCGUCCCUUCAGAACCGGCUAUCUCACCAAGAGAGGGAAGAACUUUGGCGGCUGGAAGGCCCGCUUUUUCGUUCUUGAUGGCCCUCACCUGAAGUAUUACGAAACCCCGGGAGGCGCCCACCUCGGCACAAUCAAACUGCCCAGUGCACAAAUCGGCAAGCAAUCCCAAAGCAACGAGAACCAGUCGCCUCAACCGUCAGCCAACUCGGACGACACGGACAACCAGUACCGCCACGCAUUCCUGAUUCUAGAGCCCAAGAAAAAGGACUCGAGCAGCCAUGUGAAGCACGUGCUCUGCGCCGAGAACGACAAGGAAAGGGACCAAUGGGUCGAUGCCUUGCUCAGAUGGAUCGAUUACAAGGACCCUGAAGAGGAUGAGAGCCACGCUGCGAAGCAGCAUGCACAGGAUCGUCCAGGUACGGGCACGGCAGAGCGCGCCGAGAAGAAGAAGCAGCAGCGAUACAAGAAGACGGCCUCACAGCACCAGCCUUCUGACUCCGACCUCAUAGGGGUUAGGUAUGACGCUACAUCCCAAGGGGAUCUCCCCCACCACGGCGGGCCUGGACGGCCCAGACAGGCCGGCCACAUGCCAGAGAGCCACCAUCCCUCCGAGACGAUGGCGAUGUCUAACCAGCCGCCUAUGAUCUCCGCCCCGCGAGACCCUCAAGUCAUUGCAGACACCGCUCAGUGGGGCAACAAGGCUGGUGGAGGACUCGCCGUCCCAGCCAGCGAGGAGAAGAAGAUCAAAAAACGCAGCUUCUUCGGCUUUGGUGCCAAGGCAAGAUCCUCGUCCGACGGCCAAGACUCGUUAUUCGGCGGAAGCGAGUUAGGGUCCUCGACGCCCCCUCAAGGUGGCUACCAGGGACCCAUUCGUCAGGCCUUUGGCGCGCCGUUGGCCGAGGCGGUUCGCUUCAACCCUCCUGUCGAUGUCAACGUCCCGCUGCCGGCAGUUGUAUACCGCUGCAUCCAGUACCUGGAUGCCAAGAAUGCGAUUCUUGAGGAGGGCAUAUUCCGCCUCAGCGGCUCGAAUAUUGUCAUCAAGCAGCUUCGUGAGCGAUUCAACACUGAGGGAGACGUCAACUUGGUCACUGACGAGACUUACUACGAUAUCCACGCCGUUGCCUCGUUACUGAAACUCUAUCUCCGCGAACUCCCAACGACCAUCCUCACUCGUGAUCUUCACUUAGAGUUCAUGGCAGUGACGGAGAUGUCGGGUCAGAAGGAAAAAGUUGUCGCCCUGUCCGAGUUGGUGCAGAGACUACCGCAAGCGAACGCUACCCUACUGAAGUAUCUGAUCGCCUUCUUGAUCAAAAUCAUCAACAACGCAGACAUGAACAAGAUGACAGUCCGCAAUGUGGGGAUCGUAUUCUCGCCAACGCUGAAUAUACCAGCGCCCGUCUUCGCCAUGCUUUUGCAGAAUUACUUUGGUAUUUUCGGUCUAGAGCCCGAGGAGUAUGAGCUACCGUCCUCAUUCGCAGAGGCAGAUUCAGGCCGUGAGAGGUCCGGUUCCCUGCCGUCCAUGAACAACGGGCUCCCCAAUCGACCUUUGUAUGAUACGUCGCAGCAUGGGCGUCCUUCUACUUCGGCCGGGUCCAGCCAUUCCCCCCACCGCCAAAGAUUGUUGGAUUCAAGGCCAGGCCAGCAGAGGACGAGUGCCACGCCUCCACCUUUGUUGCAGGACCUGCAGAGUGCUCGAUCGUCACCCACGCCCCCGCCAAACUACCCGACCAGCCGUCCCAUGGCGUACGAGCCGCAGUAUAUGUCGCAAUCGUACCAAAGCAAUGGGUACCAUGGGUCGUCUCGUGGCUAUGACGGCGGUCCUGCCGCAUACGACCAGCCAAAGAGACGUGAAAGUGCGAUCUUCAUGGGCAACGUGGUUGGCCUGAACCCUCAGAGCUCCAAGAGCCGACUGCGAGAAGAGACGCAAUUCUAA